AUGGUUAGAUUUGACGAAUGAGGCUUCUUCCCUUACUCGAUCGAUCAGAAUGGAGACUUAGUGAUCCUCUUCAGGUCAAAUAAUGAAGGUCCAAACCCAGAUUUACUUGAAGAUUUUGGCACUAGGAGAACUCCUAGUGAAUCCAGUAUCUUCUUCUCAGCUGUCAGAGGAUUCUUGGAGAAGUCUUUUGGCUUUUUCUCAGAAUUCUUACAAAAUAUUGAGAUUGAUAAGGUUAAUCUGAACGGGAGUGUUGAGCUCCAGAAUGGGCUGCAAGAACUUAUUCAUUUCACGAAAUAUUUCAAUGUUUACCAUAUCUGAGGGGAAUAUAUUGGCAUAUUUACUCCUCUUAAUUGAUACAUUGACCUGAGUUCAAUCAACCAAGCUUUGAAAGAGACUAAAGGGUACGAACAGUUCCAAUUCCAAUGGUUGAAAUUAGACAGAAUCAUCUCUGAAGUUUGUGAGGAGCCUAAAAAGGAUGCUUCAGGAUUGAAAAAGUCAUUAUUAUCCACAAUUUCUUCAUUCAACUUGCAAGUAAUCUCAUCAAAGGCAUCUGAAUUACUGGAUAUUCACUUAGGGAUCCUUUCGAGUGGCCAAGAUGAGGAUGGAAUUGCUAAAACUUCAUGCCCAAAUUAUGGAAUUUUUCUGUGAAAUCCAGAAGACUCUAUUUACUUUGAAGCCAUGAUUAUGUCCAGCUUCAUGGAUGAAGGAGAUACUUGGGAAAUCUAUCAUCUCUUUGAAAAUGAAUUCCCUCUUGAAGAAGAUCUUGAAAACUUGAAGGGAGUCGUUGUUGCUGGGACAGCUGAUUGGCAGUCUUUUGAAGGCCUAGAGUUUUUGAAGGAUCCUCCUGAGCAUCUUAGGAUUUUGUAUAUUGGAGAUUUGUAUAAUGUUGUAACCUUUGAUGAGGAGGAAGACCAAUGCGAAGGUCAGAUUAUUCCAGGGAUUGGAAGGUACUCAAUUGAGUUCGUUAACAGGAAGAAUGAGCAAGUUGUGUUAAAUAAUAUUUAGAAAAUUUGCAGAAGGAGAGGUGGAGAAAUUUAGCGUUUGAAGAGUUCAACCAGAGGAAGAGGUUAAAUCUCUUAAAAGAGCAAUGUCUUUAUCACAUUCGCUUUUAUCUCCUUGAGAAAUAUAUAAGCUACCACAAAACUUUCUCAUACUUAAAAACAAUCCUUGAUUAACCAUCCAAUUCCUUCAAGACCAUAUUCGCUUCAAACUUGACAAAAAGAUAGAAUUCGAAGACCAGAAAGAUCCUCCCAUCAAAUCAAACCAUCUUAACUCAACCCGCCACUUUAAUUCCACCACCAAACUUCCAAAAUCCUCUCCCAAUCCCCAAUCUUCCUUCAAAAUGAGAACUAUGACCAAAAACCCUCCUUUAUCAAGCCACCCUCUCUUCAUCCCAGAUCAAGCUCAGAGAGCUCUGCUGAAAUACCUCCAUGACUUCCUGAAGAGCUCCUCUAAUUCCAAGGAUUCUUAAGAAAGCACCUCAAUCUU